AGGGGGCCAGGGUCCUCACUUUAUAAACAUCCCCAAGCCUGUGAGAGCAGAGGGCACGGAGAUGGUGUGAGACAGGAGCCCAAGGGAGAAAGACAGAAACUAAGACCCAAGGAGAAAAACAAAGAAAAGCCAAAGAGACAAGACCAGAGUAGCCUGAACAGAGGCCAAGAAGGGACCGUGAGGCCUGUGCUGCAGGAAUGACCCUAAGGAUGCUCUGGGCUGGACAGGCGAAGGGGGUCCUGGGAAGCUGGGGGAUGAUCUGCUUGGUGAUCUCUCUGCUCCUCCAGCAGCCAGGAGUCCACAGCAAGUGCUACUUCCAAGCUCAAGCCCCCUGCCACUAUGAAGGGAAAUAUUUUAGCCUGGGUGAGUCUUGGCUCCGCAAGGACUGCUUCCAUUGUACCUGUCUGCAUCCCGUUGGUGUGGGCUGCUGUGACACAUCCCAGCAUCCCAUCGACUUCCCUGCAGGGUGUGAGGUGCGUCAGGAGGCAGGAACCUGCCAGUUCUCCCUGGUGCAAAAAUCUGAUCCUCGGCUACCCUGCAAAGGGGGAGGGCCCGACCCAGAAUGGGGCUCAGCUAACACCCCUGCUCCUGGGGCUCCGGCUCCCCACUCCAGCUAAACUCAACUGAUCACCCUCCUGCUAACUGCCCACUGCUGCUGCCACUUCCAGGGAAACCACUAGCAGCUGCCAAUUUAUUCUGAAUAAAUAAAUUAA